AUGACUGGCUUUGCCAAACUAGCCCUUUCCGUGCACAAAGUCCGAGCUGCCAUCAAGAAAGGGAGGAAGGCGGGUGCCAAGGACAUCCCCGGUUCCUCGUCCUCGUUGGGUCUGCCUAAUCCCACGCCGCCGUCAUCCCCAUGGAACCUCCCGGUCGAAAUCCAAAUCACCAUCUUCGCCCAUUGCGGGAUCUCCGACUUCCGUCCGUUGAAGCUUGUCUGCCGCGCCUUUUACCAUCUGCUGGGGUCACACGAACAUGAGAUUGUCCGGCAGUACCUCCGCCAGCGCCGCCAUGGUACUCUCCCCUCGCCGAUUGACAGUGAGCGCACCUAUACUCGAAAUCCGGAAGAUGACGUGGUGCUCUUGUCGGACCUUUUUCCACCGUCUAAAAGCGCCAAGGGUGGCCACAUCUAUACCUUCAAAUACCUGCAUGGCUUGCGGCGCCGUCAAAAGCUCUGCUCGCGCCUCUGCUACUACCUUGCAGACCGGGUGAUGGAUCGAUUCGUUCAAACCGAGUCCGACCUUGUACGGUCUUCGUUCCCUGCGAAGCGAAGCGAACGCAACGCUCUGGUUAAGCGCGGUAUCGCCAGCAUAUGGUUCCACCUCGCACCACUAAUGUACUACACGCUGUACUUUCUCGAAUCGUAUACCUCCGCGCGACGCGAGCACGCCAACGUGCUCCUACGAGACUACGAGGCCGGACGAAUCCCGGUCGCGAUCCCGCUAGAGGUGCGCCAGACCAUGUACCGCGACCUGCAGACCCGAAUCCUCCGCUCUCCGCCCUUUACCAACACCGCGACCCUGGUAGCCACGCAUCAUUGCAUGCAGCUGCUGGUGUCGUACAUCCGGUACACGAUGUCGCCCGAGGCGGAGAUCGAUGACUCGUGGAUCAGCUCCCUGCUCACCUUGUCGCCCUUCGUACGGAUUGUCGAGUUCUUCUCCGCGGAGAUUGGGGACGGCGGCAACCAGCGACUGCAGCGCAAGGACUUUAUGUAUAACUUCUAUCACGACAUGACGAUGCACGAACAGGAUCAUAUGAACUCGGUGGUUUUUGCCCAGGAGUCCGACCAGCACAUGCAUAGCUCGGUGCGCAACAUUUGGUUCGAUGUCGCCAAGGCCGAGAUGGCGUCGAGAAAUGCCACUCCGCAUGAUGUGGAGGAUGCCUGGGUUUGGAAUGGUGUGCCCAUUUUUUUUGGGUGUGCGGAUUGCUAUCCGACACGGGGAUGGCAGGCAUGA